AUGGCCGCGACCGACGGUCAGAUCGUCGUCGCGGCGGCACGCUGGGCCGAGGAGGCGACGUAUCUGCGUGAGUUCGUUUCCAAGUACCGUCUACCAGCCGUGAUCAAGAUCACGAAGGGCCAGUAUGGCGGGCUGGGCGUGCCGACGCUACCGGCACCCAGCUUGCAGAGCACCGCGCUGCUGAUAUCGGCCGGCCGUCGGCGUAAAAUCGUGGCGCAGGCGGUGAAGAUCAAGGAGGGCCGCCGGGUGGUCGGUGUGGGGCCCAGACUGGCGAUACCGGACUCGUACGCGGGCUACUUCGAGAUCCUGAGCGAGGAAGGCCGAGCGGUGCGCGGCAUCGAAUCGGUGAGCGAGUUAUCGCGAAGAUGUCCGGAGGAAGGUGCUCUAGUGCGCGAGACCGUGCGCGGUAUCGCCUGUCGGGUGGACGACGAGUCAGGUAUCGUAGUACCGGAGGGUACGAGGACCCUCGCGGCUGGCGAGACGAUCGUUACCGCCGGUGAAGUGGCGUUACCCGGUCGCGGCCGGUUUCUACGCUGCGUAGAUUGUCACGGCGACAGCGUUUUGCUCGGAAUGGAUCAACGUGGACGUUUCAGCGCUCUGGCUCGCGAGGAUAACAUCAGCGGUGUGCACACCGCUAAGGCACUUCUCAGCAAACGUCUGCCACUCACCGUGAGACUGGUACACGGUCAACCGCCGCGAGGACUCAAGUCGUCGUCACAAUUUGUGCCCGAGUUGAGGCUGCUGUCGACUUUCGAGGAGGAGCACGUGUUCGCGUUGCCGCUACAGAGGGAAGGUGCGGCGGUUGCGCUGCCGCUCGCGGCGCCGCUCAAGCUGGUGAAGGCGCGAAACGAGGAGGCACUCAGGUCGAUGCAGGAGUUCACGAGGUUGGUGGAGCGCGCAUCUCGUCUUGUUGCCGACGUGGCUGAUCGAGCGCACGUGUUGGACGGUCGUCUGGGCGAGAGCAAGCCCUCCAGGCAAACGAGGAGUGGCUCAGGCUUCCUCAGAAGACCAUCGACAAACUCGGAUCACACACCGUUGAGCCACCAUAGGAACAGCAGUGCUAGCCACCACCAUCAUCAUCAUCACUAUCACAGCAACGGGCAUCAACCGUCCUCCGGACACUCUGGGUAUCGGGAUGAGAACAGGGUACCGCCAUCAUCAGCUUGUACGGAAGAGUACGACGAAAUCGAUCAAAUAUACGACUACGUGCGCGGCUUUGCGCCGUUGCCGAAGAGCGUCAGGUCGCCCUACGAGAGUCCUCUCGCUACGGGCCAGGGGGGUUCGACUCCACCACUGACGCCGGUAACGGUGACGAUCACACCCUUACUGGAUGAUCGACCGGAACCACCACCGAUUGAGACGAUACCGACGAAGAAGAUCCAGGCGGAGAAGCGGACUAGACGUGCGGUCAAGGAAGCGCCGCAGCCGCGGGUGGAGAAGCCGCCGCUGGCGAAGCUCUACGUGAAGAACAGCGGCACUCAACGCGGACGACCGUUAAUGAGGCAGAAGAGCGCAUCGCCCUUGAAGGAAACGCCGCCGGGUUACAAGGGUGGUUCGCCACUUUUCAACAUACGUUACAAGAGUCUGACGAAUCUCCAACAGGCCAUGGAGCUCGACGGCACGCUGGAUUCCAGUCAUUCGGGCGGAAGGACGUCGGGAGAUUCCGGAGCGGGUGCCAAGCUGCCAGAGAAAAGAUCGAGACGUUUAAGCAGGCCACGAUCGCUGACGAAUUUAGUCUGGGAGCUACGAGGUGGAAGCGGCCUCGGCUGCACGAGACCUGAGACUCCGCCACCCGCUACGACUGCACCGCUGCUACCGACUAAAUGUGGGCCUCGUCUGGCUGUCACUGUCGUGGCACCGCGACGUGUCGGCACGCUCUACCUCUAA